AAUUUUAACUUUUGGGAAAAGGUUCAAGCCAUUUGUAAUAUUUUUAAACACUUUUGAAGAUAAAAAAAAGACAGCCUUUCGAAAUGAGUUUCCAAGUGUAAUUUGAGUCCCACAUCAAACCGUUCAACUCAUAAAACCUUUUCUCGGAGGCAGUCUAAUUUCUCCUAGAAAACUCAAGUAUUUUCUCUCUCUCUUUAAAAUCCACAUGUGAGGCCCCUUUAUUAAGAUCAUGUAGCCCCGGAGUCAAGGCUGAGUGAGCCCAGAGGAUCGUGGGGGUGUAGAGACAACCCCCUAACUGAGCUCAAUGCCACGACUGAUCCCCUACUCCUUAUUGUGAAACAGGCCCUUCGUCCUGACACUUAGGCUAAAAUUAGAGGACGAUUGUGAGGCAGAUCGACUUUAAACCCCGAAAAGUUAAGUUUAAGUCUAGAACUUAUGAAUAAAAGUUUCCAUAACCUCAUGACAUUGGUGUUUGUGUUCAAUUAUUCAACUUAAAAAUCCUGCACUUGUGAAGCAGAGUGAUUUUGCACUCCACGAGCAUCAGACCUGUCAUGUGGAAACCAGCGAACCAGACGAGAACGUAACACAGUACACAGUAGAUCAACGAGCUGACCCCGGUAGCUCAAAUGAAUCAGGAUCAUUUGGCCACAUGUCCUGAUUACAGAGAAAUUCAACAAUUUCGUUUCAAAACUGAUGACAAAGAAUUUCAUGGAAUCGUAUCAAUGGAGGAGGUCGCCCAAGCUCACUCGAGACCUGUUAUUGGAGAAGAAGAUUGGGACAAUGAUGUUUAUCAUGAGACAUACGAUCCGAUGAAGAAUUCAGAGGGGCAACCGGUGGUGAGAACUUUGAUGGGAGCUUCUAAAGCGAAGCGACGGGAGUUUAGGAUGAGAGAACGAGCGAGAAUGGCGCAGCUCAUGGAUGAGAAACCCACGGUGGAACCUCUGAAUGAUAACUUGGUUGUGAAUGUCUUGGACGAGCCCCUUCGUCCACCGAAGAACAAGAACAUCGAGGAAACCCUGAUGUCAAAGUUACGUGCACCAAGAAACCUGACAACUUCCAGCGAAGCCAAUCAAGAUGAGACUACUAACAUCAAUGGAAACGGAAAAUCCCUCCCCGAAGAGAGCCCCAAACCUGAGGGUUCAGGUGGAAGAAAAGGCUCGAAGACUUGGGAGAAAGUCCCGAUCCCAAGGAGAAAGCCAAAUCUGGACUCCUCGACGUCCACGAUGUCCAGCUUGGAUGCUGCAAUGUCAAAAUUGCACAUUCAGAAUUACUUCGGGGCUUUGGAGACCGACAAAUCUGAGGAUCCCCAGGAGAAGACAGAUGGGAAUCCCAUACAGCCGAGGAAGAUUGGACGUUGUGCUGCUACGUUCAAGUAAACGUCAAUCAACAGCGAGCGAUGAGGACAGCACAGACAACUGAUUUUUUUAUCAAACAUUAAACGUUCGAUUUGUACUAAUCGAAUCGCAAUUUUCUUAAAUUACUUAACUUUUUCUGUGGAUAAUUACAACUACGUUCGGUCUUGUGGGAGUUUACUUCGAGUGAUUAUUCAAUUGUUUGUCAAAAAUUCAAUAUUUUUUUCGCAAAAACCCAGCUGACAGCAUCAAAUUUGUGCUAAUGAAAGCGCAUCUUCAUUAAUUUAUGUUUUUUUCUGGGAAUAACUAGGUGAAAUUCUUUUUUGUAUAAGUUUUGUCCUCGAUUACGUCUCAAGACUUUUAUAAUUAUUUUCACGAAGAUAAACGAAUUUUAAAUGAAA